AUGGCCAACCCGUCGCAGUGCCUGGAGGAGGGCGCGGGGCGCUGGCCGCCGCGGCCGCCCGGGCCGUACAGCGAGGCGCAGCGGCUGGCGCUGGAGGAGCUGGUGGCGGGCGGCCCCGAGGCGCUGCGGGCCUUCCUGCGGCGGGAGCAGCUGCCGCCGUUCCUCUCGGAGCCCGAGGUGCAGGCCAUCGCGCGGGGCGCCCUGCCGCCCGCCGCGGCCCCGGAGCCGGCGGGGGAGCCCUCGCUCGACGCCUCCUCGCUCACCUACUUCCCCGAGCGCUCGGACCUGGAGCCGCCGGCGCUGGAGCUGGGCUGGCCGGGCUUCGCCAGCGGCGCCUUCCGCGGGCUUACGCGGGUGGAGGCGCAUUUCCAGCCCGGCUGCGGGGAGAGCAUCUACGGCUGCAAGGAGGCGGUGCGGCGGCAGAUCCGCUCCGCCCGGCAGGUGAUUGCCCUUGUGAUGGAUUCCUUCACAGAUAUCGAUAUCUUCGGUGACCUUCAGGACGCUUAUAACAACCGCAAAGUCCCUGUCUAUAUUCUUCUUGACCAGGACUUUCUACUCCAUUUCUUGGAAAUGUGCAAGAAUUUGGGAGUCUGCCCUGAGCAGGAAAGCCUGAUGAGAGUUCGAACUCUCACUGGGAACACAUACUACAUGAGGUCGGGUGCCAAAAUUGUUGGGAAAGUCCAUGAGAAGUUCAUGUUAAUUGAUGGCAUUAGAGUGACAACAGGCUCCUACAGUUUCACGUGGUCUGACGGGAAGCUGAACAGCAGUAACUUGCUGCUAUUGUCAGGUCAAGUGGUUGAACAUUUUGACCUCCAGUUUAGGAUUCUUUACGCCCAGUCAAUGCCCAUCAGCCCAAAGUGGCCGUCCAGCUGCAGGAACAGUGGGAUAUUUGAUCACCUAGCGAACAGAAUAGCGUCCCCUAAAGAAUAUACUGUGGAAGGCAACUUGAGAGCAGAAUUUGCCAGGUUGUCCAGUACCCCAAAGAAAUUGUUGAAAGAACUAGAUCUGGCUGAAGAUACUCCUGGAGGCAAACCUUGUAACCUGGGGCGUUCUUGCCUCUGUGAAGAGGAGUGGUUCAGCGAUCAAGAGGCCGUAGUGGAACGGAAAAACGCAUCGACUCAAACUGGCCCGUGGGAAGAGAAGCCUGUAGUGACCGUGUGUAAUGCUGCCACGCAGACCCAUGCUGUAACGGCAGAAACCGGCACUCAGACUUCUGUCGCCGCUAGAAUGACGGGCACUCAGACUUCAGUUUUGCUGAAGACUGCAGUGACACAGACAAAGGAAGAUGAGUACACAGAAACACCCCUGCUUCACAGAAAGCUGUCAAAGGAAGGAUCUUCUCUGUCUGGAAAGGCUGUAUCAAGUUCUAGUCUGCGAUCGCUGUCUUCAUCAUCGUCCCAGUGCUCUCUUACAAGCUCUACUGGCUCAAUAUCUUCUCUCCGGUCCUUUGAAUAUUCUAGCAGUCACAGGGCAGAAUAUUUCCAAAAACUGCAUAAAGAGAGGCAAUUCCACUACUCCACUAUCAGGUCGAAGCUUAGCCACAUGGUGGAUAUCCUAUCCCGGAGGGGACGUGUGCCUGAAAACUACAUGACCCAAUACACCGGAAGAUGCAAUCUAAAACAGAGGCGUGACAUCAGCGCCAGCCUGCGCAGCCUCCGGGACGUUUCGCUCUUUUCUCUGAAUAAAUGAUUACUGCACUGAAUGCAGAACAGAAAAGCUCCAGUCUCAAAUUGCAGUCACUUUGUACCUGCUGAUUCUUCCACUUCCUUCCAGCACUUUUACUUUUUUAAUACAUGUGUACAUUGCUCUCCAGCACUUUGUUUUAUACUAUGCAAUUUAAGCAAUAAAAAAAAAAGGGGGUUAUUUAUACUGUAACUACUUGCAUGUUCCUCUUAAAUGCAUUAGUGGUGAAGGUUUAUUUUAAUUCUGGAUGUUUAACCUGAACAGUAAACUUAUUACUGCUUUUUAGGAUUGCUGAUGCUCUGGCUUUAAUUUAUGUAAACUUGGAAAAAUCUGAGUCAGACUGUUGCUCAGAGUGGCUUUGGAGAUUUAGCUUACAUCAAGGUAUACUUUUUUUUUUAUAUUGUCUUUUAUUUCUACUUUAUAUUUGGCGUGAGGGGAAACAACUUUUAUAAAAAGACCCAUAAAGCUAAUUUUAUUCUAAGUCUGACUUCAGAGAUCUAUACGUUACCCUUUCACUAAAGUUGUGAAGGGUCUGUUGGAGCAGUUGCGGGUUCUUAUCUUCAACUGUAUCCUUUUUCCAUUGUUUCAGCCUUCUGAAAUGGACUGAGCUAACUAGCUCUUCAGUUUGUUUGUCCUCUCAUGCCUUUGUGUAGAUAUGCACACAUAUUUUUAUAUAUAUAUGUAUCUACACAUCCUCAGAAGAGCAUCUUUUUAAAACCAAGACUAGGAAGUAGCAACUUAGCCCUCCAGGACAGCUGUGCCCAUUUUAGGUACAGUCCUGAAGUAAAUGUUUCUAGUAUUAGGAACUAAAACCUAGAUAUAUUGGACCUGUAACAAUAUUAACGGGAAUGUAUUGCUGACGUGUUGGGUUUUUGCUCUUGUGAGUGGCAGAUGAGGUGAUAUCUGGUGUUCAGCGUCUUGCUGCAGCAUACCUGUUGUAUUUUUCUUUUAGGAUGACUUCAGAGAACUUUGUCUCUUGUGUAAUUUGUUGCACAAAAUUAAGACUUUUAGUCUUAGCACUGUAAAAGGAGCUUCCAGUUCUGGCUCUGUCUAGGAAUGUCUGAACCAUUUUGCUUCUGUUAAGAGACCUGUAAAGAGCUUCCUUAGAGGUGAGACAACCACUGAGGGCACAUGGCAAAAGUAAACUGACAAAUGCACUACAAAAUGUUAUGGGUUAUGUUUGUUAAUAUUAUUGUACAAGUAAGUUUUAAAGAUGUUAUUUUUUUUCCUACUCUUAAAAGGAGAAAAAAAAAACAAACCAAACUGUACUAUCUCAAAUAUUCUGUGUUUCCUGCUCUGUUUAUUCUUUAUCCACUACUAACUUGGUUUGAGGAGCUUAAAUGCCACUCCAGUUUUUGAAAAUACUCUACUUUGGAUAUAAAAUGGAUCUUAGAUUAAGUUGCUUUGCAGAGACAUUACCCAAAUAUGUUUUAGUGGUCCUGUGUGUGUGUUUGUGCUUGCUGGAUCACUUAUUUGAGCAGUGUGUGGAUUCUCUGAGAUCUGACCUGGUACUGUUAUUCUUUAGAUUUGCAUCCCAGUACUUCAGGGACCAACUGUACUCUGAAUUCUGCCAAGUCAAAUCAGAGUCAGGGUUAUGUAUUCUUUUUCUUAUUUCAGUGGAAGUGUGUCCAGUAGAUGGCACAUUUCAGCUGUUCUGAAUAUUCCCAUGAACAGCAAGGAAUGAGUGAAUGAACAGAAAAAUAGCUAAAACUCAACAAGGCUGCGACUUAAGUGUAGAACAUAACACUUUAUUAACUUUGGCAUUUCUGUCUCUGAAAUCUGUACGGACAAAGAGGCUUAGCUACUUCUAUUGCUUGGAUUUCAAAGCAGCCACUCCCUCCCGAAAGCUGUAAGGCAGAUGUACAAAGAGGUGCAGGUGAGGAAAAAAGCUCUGUCUGCACUUGUUUAAAAAGAUGAGAUAUUUUCUUGCAUGAUCCCUGGAGCUGGAACACCAGGAGUGAAGCAGGUUGCAGAGAGCGAGCCAAGAUACACCCUCAAAGCCAAUUUCAAGUUGUUUUUUUAAGAGCUUGUGUUCAGCAAUGCUUGGAUGUAUGUAGAAUUAUAUUGUUUAUGUGCUUUUUAAUCUGUAUUACAUUGUGCAGCUGGUGUAGUACUC